CCGGGGCCCGCGCUCUCCCCCUGCGGCCGAGAGGUCAGGCUCAUGGCCGGAGCGAACCCUGGAGAGUGCGAGUGCGCGGAGGCUGCGGAGCCCCCGGCCCCGGAGCUCCCGACUCCGGAGCCUCCGGGCCCCGCCGCCCCGCAGAGAACCAGCGACUACUACCGCAUAGACAGGGAUCUGCCGGCCAGGUUCAACAACCCGGCGUGGUUCCGGGGCUACGGGACCAAAGAGCCUGUCUCCGUGUCCAGGACCAGUAACCAGGCUUACGGGAGCAGGGCCCCCAGCGUGCACGAGAUGCCGAAAGUAUUUUAUCCAAAUUCAGAUAAGUUUUCCAGACAACUUGCAGCUGGUGGAAUGUUCCGGAACAAUACUUUGAAUGUCUGUGUGGAGAAGAGCGUUGUGACGGGUCCUGACAACUACAUCACCUCCUAUGACCGGUUCAACUUCCACCCCAGCUACAACGUCCACAAGCCCUCCAUCUGUGACUGAGAGGUCGGGGGUCUCCCGAUGGCAGCAGUGGCGGCCUGAAGUAUUGCCCUCACUCUCCCAUAAUUUGCCCAGCUGUGAACGUGCAGACCUCACUGCUUUCCCUGAAAAUGUUCUCUCUUUACAUUAGAAAAACAUGCAGACAGGGCAGUACCGUGCUACGUUUUAUGUGCUGUUUUACUUCUGUGACGGGAAAGAUGUUAAUGGCUUGACUUUCCAUUAAAAACGUUGCUGUAUCCUGAA